AUGCCACGCGAAACAAUACCCCUACCCCAACCAGGUCAUCGUAAGCUAAGGAGCCAUGGCGCAUCGAAGAAAAGACCACUGAUCAGCGAGGAGGCAGCAACAAAUUCGUUACCAACCAGUGAGAGUGCCGAUCCAAUCCACGAAGCCUUGGAAAACGUGGGUGUUCAUGUUGGUGGCCGAACUCAACGCGAUCGAUUGCUCUCAAAGCUUUCUCGACAUGUAACCAGAAAAAGGCCUCGAAUGUCUACCGGAAUCGUGUCUGAUAUCACCCCAAAAUUUUCUCGCGGUAAACCCCAAAGACGAGACGCACUGGAUUGUGACCCUUCCGAGGAAUGCCAUUUUCAAGAACCUGUCGAAAAUUCAAAAGAUCCGGAUUCAAAUGAUAUAGAUCAAGAUCAACCAUUUUCUCAAUUUGGAAACUACAACCUCGUGAAUAUGAUCAGGGGUGUAGGUAUAGACGCCGAUGGUUGGGAUCGAGACAAGCUUAUCAGCACCUGUGAGGUAUACAAAGAACUCAUUGUCAUCCCAGACAAUUUAAAAAAGUUUUUUAUGCUCAAUGAAGUGGUUAAAAAGCGUGGAAUGGACAAUCGCUCACAACCAAUGAAUGUCCAAGGGCUAUCAAAAACGGUAUUUCCUGUCAAACCUGGUCCAUCAGAUUCAGAACCAAUCAUGCCAGUAGCUGGUCCGUCAAUGCCAGUAGCCAGAGUUGCCGAUCGAUCAGAACCGGCUGUUCCAUCAGAAUCUAUCAUGCCAGUGGCUGGUCCAACAGAGCCAAUCGCCACAGGUGCCAAUCAAUCCGAACCAGCAAGUGUUGAUAUCCAUACCGUAGGCUUGAAAUCAAAGCGUGGUCGGCGUGCGAAAAAAGUGAAAGGACAUGAAGAUAACCAAGAACCGAUCAUGUCAGUAGGUAGUGCGACAGAGCCAAUAGCCACAGUUACCAAUCAAUCAGAACCAGGCUUGAAAUCAAAACGCGGUCGGCUUACCAAAGAAGUGGAAGGACACAAAAAGAAACACACACGUUCUUCAAAAAUUCUCCCAGUGGCUAGUUUGGCUGCUAAUGACUCUUCAUUGCUCCCUAGCCUUGAACAUAAUCGAUUAGAACAUCCUCGGCCUAACCCAACUAUACUGAACUCCUCGAGAUCCCGAAACAACAAGGGAAAAGCUAAGGCGGUCUCAGAAUGUGACGAUGAAUGGGAUCCAUUGAUCAAUGACCCUUGUGACUCAAACGACGAUUCAGAAGGCAGUGAAGCUAGCAGAAAUAGUCAGGCAACGGCAAUGGCACCAAAAGUCAAUCGCAUAGCUAGAAAACCCCUACGAAAACAGGGUGAAAGUGCAGAGCUUACAGAAAAAACCCGUGCAAUUCUAUCGACUCCACCGCCUUCAUCACCAAGCCAUUUGGCCUCUGAAAAGCCGCCAAUGACUUCAGAAGGAGCCAAAUAG